GGGUUUGUGUGUCUCUUCCCGAGUAGAUGUCAUCCGAGCGUUGAGAAUAUUUCGUCAACUGAAAAUUGUUGUGAUAAUUUCAUCAAUAAUUCACUAUUUUUUUUAUGUGUAAUCAGCUGUCAGUUAUCAGUGAUAUCUACCAUCAUUUGGUGAUCAUUUCGAGUGAGCAGAAUGUUCCUCUUUGGCAGCACAUCGCCCUUUGACGCCGAAGUCGAAAAGGCGACCAAUGAGAAAAAUACUGUUGAGGACUGGGCGAGGAUAAUGGAUGUGUGCGACAGUGUUGGGAAUUCAAGUGUUAAAGCCAAGGAUUGUCUGAGAUCCAUCGUCAAGAGACUGAACCAUACAGAUCCCCAUGUCGUCAUGCAAGCCAUCAGUCUCCUGGACGCUUGUUCCAGUAAUUGUGGCAAACCAUUUCUUCUUGAGAUCGCCUCGCGAGAAUUCGAGGGCGAGUUGAAGAAGCUCCUGGGCCAUUCGCAGCCCAAGCUAGUCGAUAAAGCAAAAGCGUUGAUAAAAAAAUGGUCGGAGGGGGAUUUCAAGACUGACCCACAACUCAACCUGAUUCCGAGUCUUUAUGCUAAGCUUAAGCAGGAUGGGAUCGAUUUUUCGAGUAUCAUCGAGCCCCACAAGCACGCCUGCUCAACAGCAUCAGCUAAUGCUUCUCGCGAGGAGGCAGAUCUGGCUAAAGCCAUAGAACUGUCCCUCAAAGAGAAUAAAAAUCAGGAGUCCCACAAUUCACCCAAGAACACAAGUCUCUACCCCAGUGUCAAUGCCUCCAUGACCUCCAACAUCUUCGAAAAACGAAAGGUCAGGGCUCUCUACGAUUUCGAAGCUGCUGAGGACAAUGAGUUGAGUUUUGCUGCUGGAGAUAUCAUACAUAUUCUGGACGAUUCUGAUGCGAAUUGGUGGAAGGGUGUUCGAGGAAAAAUGGAGGGACUAUUCCCUGUUAAUUUCGUAACAGCUGAUUUAUCAGUGGAGCCUGAUCACAUCACGAAGUUGGAGCAGGGGAAUAAAAAAUCAGUGCAAUUUGUUGAGGAGGUGGAGGUGAAAACGCUCAAGAGGGAGCCUGAGAUAAUUGAGGUGGAGAUUGAUGAAGGGAAGAUUGAUAGAUUGUUGCAUUUGUUGCACGAAGCUGAUCCACAGAGUGACACCAGUGAUCCAUCUGAACUAUUAGAUCUUGAAGAGCAAGUGAUGGCUAUGGGCCCCCUGAUCGACGCAGCCCUGGAGAAAGUUGACAGGCGGCACGCCCAGCUGACCCAGCUCUCCGCAGACCUCGUCGACGCCCUAAAUCUUUAUCACACUCUUCAAAGAGAGCCCCCACCUCCGACCCCGACCUAUACAUACGGUAAAAUGCCCCAUCACUCAGUCUAUCCUUACCCCAAUCAACCCCCACACAUGUUCAAUGGCAUCCCAGGACACCACCCGUUCCCAGGGAACUUCAAUCCAAAUAUAUCGAUGCCACCAAGCGAUUACAUGCCGCCAGGCAGUAUGUCGAUACCCCAGCAUUAUCAUCUACCCCCUGGACAUGCUCAGCAUCCAUCUGGCCACCCUGGGCCCCAUGGACAUCACCCACCGUCUCAAGGACCACCCCAUCAUCCUCAGGGAAUGCCUCCGGGAAACUUGACAAGUCAGGCACCAGAACAAACUAGUUUGCCUUAUCAACAACCAGGAUUUCCACCUCAAGGUGUGCCACAGCAAUAUGUACCCCCAGGCGCCCAGGGCCCACCCCAACAGCCUCAAUAUCCUCCCCCCAAUGGUCAACACAUGAUGUGAAUGAUAAAAACAACAGAAUACUGAAUAAAUACAAAAAUCGUAAAUAUUUAAUUAACGAAGGAAACAUUCAAGUUAUGAACAUAAUCGAAAAUAGCCAAAGAAGGGUUUUUAUAUGAAUAAAUAGCUGUUAUCUGUGGAAUACACUCGUCUUUGCAUCUUGCUGAAGUUCGAUAGAUUUGCUGUUGAUUUGGAAAAAAAAUUUUAUCCAGCAAAAUUAAGCUAUUUUGUUUUGCGAACAAAUCGUACGGAAUAUGUUUUAUGGAAAAUGAAAUUUUCCGCUAAAAAAUUCAUCUGAUAUUUUCACCCAAGUCCACUCGUUCUCAAGAUAUUUGGGGAUUUAACCACGUAAUUGUAAUUCCCAGUUCAAAAAAUAUUUUUAAACUAUUAACAUUUGAUUUAAUUGAUAAAAAAUAGACUCAAUGUUAAUCCGCUUUUGUUUCUCAUCCAGAAGUGAAGAGAAUUGUUUGAAACAUCGAGUAUUUUCUUUCGAAUUCGAUUUAUGAUUUUAAUUUGAAAGACCAAGUUUUUUAUUUUUUCCACCUGUUACUGCUGAACAAUAAAUAGUCCAUUAUAAUGAAGAUAAAGGUUGAUUAAACACCGAGAGGAUUAUUGAUCGAGGCAAACCCUUCACCGGUAGCUCAUAAGUUCAGUGAACAAAUGAUUUUUUAUUCCGUUCUAAUGGUUAAAAGUACCAUUAAUUAAUUAUUCCAGAGAUGAAUGAUUGACAGAAGAAAAAAUUAAUGAUAAAACGUUAAUGAAGGAGAAUGAUGAACCCCGCGGGGUCUAGUCUGUCCAUUGUAAAUAAUCAUAAUUCUGGAUAUUACGAUAUCUCGAGUGAACAAAAAUUUAUUUGUGAAAUAAUUGAUGAUUAAUUAAUAAAUAAAAUAUUAAGCUGAAUCCAAGAAA